UAUUCUGUUUUUAUGUUUAACGCAGCGUCCCAACAUCAUUGGAAUUGGAUUUUGUGUGUGAGUGUGUCUGUCGAUCGAUCGAUUGAUGUUUAAAAUGUUUUUUGUGUAUGUUUUGGGUAUUAUGCAUAAGGACGACAACCCAAAUGAAAAACUUGCCAAACAAGUGAAGGUGUUUUACACGCCCUUUUGGUAAACACUGACGACACCUUCAGGCCGGCAAGUGCUAUUACAACAGGUACACGAUUUGAUCGCAAUUUAUUUUUUUUAUGAACCGUUACAAGUGCUGUCACCAGCUGCAAGCCACAAGCUGCAAGCACACUUGUGCUUGAGUGAGGAGGUGGUCUGCCUGCACAUGCUCACGUUGGUCCAACCCAUCUCCAGUGAGUCCUGCCCCUUCUCUUAGCUGCACACUCAAGGUUUUGAGUUCAUCCAAGCAGAAGCGGCGGAUCAGCGGUGGCUGAACUACUUUUUUGCACUCCCAAGAGGCAAACCAAAGCUUCAAGGUGUUUUCCAAUCGGUCUCCCACUGUCGGAGGGAGAAAAGGACAACACGGAAGGAUGAUCGACCUGAGCUUCCUGACGGAGGAGGAGCAUGGCGUCAUUAUGACCGUGCUGAGGAGGGACGCCCAACUCAAGCGGGCAGAGGAGCAGAGAAUCAGGAAGCUGGAGAGCAUCCUGAGCGAAGGUUCAUCAUCAGACUCCAAGUUGAAGUACCUGACAGGCCAGUGGUUCUACGAAGCCAAGUCUCGUAGACAUAUGGACAAGAUCCAUGGCUCCGAAAUCAUCCUGGCCUCCAUGAAGCAGAGGAGCACUUCAGAGGGCUCUUAUAGAUCGGAAAGACUGAGAGCAGCCAGCAGUCAGAGUUGUGAUGUUGAGGUGCCACAGAAACCUGCCAGAUGUUUGGACAUCCCACUGGAAUUAAAUAAUGCAGAGAAAGACGAUAUGACGUCAGCAGUCCAUUCUCCAAGAAUGACGAGACACAACCCUUUCAAUCGACCUUCCCUCAUUGUAGUGGAGCCAGCCGAAGGGCUCUCUGAGAUAGGCGAGCAAAAAUUAUUCAGUGAUACAAAUCCCAACGCAAUGUUUCCAAAUGGUAUUUCACCUUCCUUAGAGGCUAGCUUCCCCCCGAAGAGCCAGCAACACAGUGGGAGCAGUCAAACAUCGGGGACCUCCAUGACAUCUGAGGGCUCCACUGCAGGGUUCAGGCCCGUCCCCAAAAAGAGGACAUGCACGUCAAAACAAACCUCAAGCGUGUCGGGCAGCAGCGGCACAGCCCCGGACCCUCAGUUGGUUUCGGUCGGGUUCCUGCCCGCCCUGAGACGAAGCCUCAAUCAGGGCUCAAAUGGAAGCUCAACCCGAUCCAUGGGUGAAGUCGCUGGCUCGGCCCACUCAUCUGUUUCUACGGAGAUUCCUCAGCAGCUCUCAUGUGACGCUUCUCAGGUUUUAUCUCAUUCCAGUCUGGAGGGAGGCAGAAAGCCAUCUUUGGUUACAGCUGACAGAGGUGACGCAUUACUUGAUGGAGACACGGCACAGAUGAUCGAAGACAGUUCCACCCACCGAGAGCGUCUAACUGUCGGAAGAAUGCAGGAUUCUGAUCCAGUGAUUGGCAGCAGUGUGAUAUCUUCGGUGAAGGAGCCAGAAUGGCAAAGAACUGCCGACCCUCCAAUAUCCUAUGACAUCAACUUUAUUGAGCCCUCCCAUCAGAAGAGAUCUCAACAGAAACGCUCAUUCAAGUUGACCACGCAGAUCUCCAGUCCCACAGGCAACGACGAGGAUUCCAUCUCAAAAGUGCUCGACUGGUUUAACCGCAGCACUGACGGCAGCGAUUGGCUGAAUGGCAAAAUUCACAGAAACCGUGAGACGCAUGUGCUGGGAAGUGAGAAGAUCUUAAAGAAAGACGUUGCAAGUAUUCGAGAGAAGGAAUCAGUUGAAAUCACGACAGGUCAGUCAGAAGGACCGGCCAACGAGAUGUUGAUCGAUGCGAAAAAUGUUGACGGAGAAAGCCACGACACCUCUGAAAUGAAAUCAUUUGGGGAGAACACGAAAAAAUACCCCCAAACCAUGACAUCCACAACACCCGGAGACAUCGCCGUGACAAGAGAAGGAAACGAGAAGACGCCAAACAUUCAUUCUGGCGUAUUCGAUGAUAAGGUAACCUACGUUGCAAAUGUGGUGAAUGGAAGUCAGCAUGUGGGAUUGAAACAUGACCAAGAGUUGGAGAGUUUUGACUUGGGGAACCCUGAUAGUAUGACUGCUCAUCCCCAAGUAGCGGAGAGAAAAGGUUCAGAUGUUGAGCUUUUAUUUGUUGAGCAACUAGCGCCAAAAUCAACUCUGUGGUCUAGUCCAGAGUCCCAGAUCUCUUUAGGUCAACCAGAAACGCUUCACCAGUCUAUAGAUCUCCCAAGUCCACAGUCAGAGAAGAUCCAUUUGUCUCAAAGCCGCCAUUUUCAAGACCUCAAGACUUGUGGAAACGAUGGAGAGAACAUCUGCACAACACCCGGGAAUUCCAGCGAAGACCAUGCGCAGUCACCCAAAACCAGAGACGCAGAUAGUCCUCAUUCCCCCAAAAGACAAAACCAUCCUCGGCAAGAAAGCACAGCAGCGAAGAUCAAGCAGCUCAAAAUGUUCUGGGAGCAGGAGGCAAGCAAGCCCUCGUUUAAUGGUAGUAAACCCAAAGGGAUGCGGGGCGCAAAGCUGAACAAGAGGUUCACGAAAUCAGAGUUUGACUUGCGGGCCAUUGCCAACAAUUCAGGCAGUGACGGGGAAGACUCCAAUAGAGGUGAUUCGACUGGUCUGCCUCUAAAUCAGAGAAUAGAUAAAAUUUCGCCCACACUUGACAGGAGCCGGGCACAGUUUAGCAGUCUGCUGGAGUUCUGGGAUGACGCCACCACAGACUCAAAGCCCAAAGGCCUCAAAAGACAAGUCAAUACUCCGCCACAACCUCAAGAGUUACAUGAUUCUGAGCCCGAGCCACGCCACUUGUCUCCCGUUGAAACAACUCGUGUUGCAGUCAAUGACAACAAAAAGAACCUGCCAGAGUCGGGUCUGCCGAAAGAACCUAAAAAGACCUUGAAAGACUCAAGCAGGCAAGAAAGAGAUGCAAGACCACCACCAACUCCAACUAAGGAAGCUCGUUCUUCCAGGAAACGAAAGGAUAGUUUCAGUCAUUCCAGCAGUCGCGGUAGGUCUAUGCGUCGAGCCGCCAGCAUGUUCUCACUCGUUGAUCCGGAAGAAUCGACGCUCAAGAUCCAUGUCAGCCCCGUCGACUCCCAAAGCAGGAAGCAGAGCGGCGAUCGCGCUCGGGGCAUCAAGCGGGCCUCUGAUGGACCAAAGACACCCCUCGCCAGGGCCUUCGUGCCCCAAGACUACAGCCACUACUUGGGGCUGGCCAACGAGCCGGGUACCCUGCCACCAGAGGAGGAAGGUUUUGGUGGACCUAUGAGGACCAGCACUCCAACAGGCUCAGAGGAGCGAAGAUUCAAUCAGAGCACCAGAAUGAGUCCGCCUUACGCGUCGAUAAAUAACAAAAGCACAGAUGCUGAUAACGAGUCACCUAUAACCAGCACGUCCGAAUCCUGGUCCAACUCGAGGAACAUUUUUAAAUGCAAAAAUGAUGAGGAGGAGGAGAACCCGGUGAGGAAAGCGCUGCGGCGAGCAGAGGCCCGGCCUAAAGGUCUAGCUAAAAGUAUGGAGGACCUGGCAGGAUCUUUAUCACCAAGACAAGAGAGAAGACCAAAGCUGAAGACUGACACGAGGCAAAUCGGUGACGGUGCCACGGUGCUCCCUCCUUCUCGCUUGUUUUUAGGCCACGCGCACCUAAAGAAGAUGAGCAAGUCUGUCCCCUCGUUCUUGCAGAGGCAGGAUGACAGCCCCAUUUACGAGGACAUUUUCCACCCGAUGGACUACUCCUUUGACUUGGCUUCUGUGUCAUCUUUCAGCGGCAGUGUGAUGACCAUGGAGAGCGGUGACUUUGGCAGCGUGGACGUGCAAGGGAGCAUCCAGUUCUCCAUCAACUAUGUGCAAAAGCUCCGAGAGUUCCACAUCUUUGUGGCCCAGUGCCGAGACUUGGCGGCAGCUGACCCCAAGAAAGGCCGCUCAGACCCCUAUGUCAAAAGUUACCUUGUUCCUGACAAAAUUCACCUUGGCAAAAAGAAAACAUCUGUCAAGAAAAAGACACUUAAUCCGACUUUCAAUGAGAUCCUCAGGUAUCACGUGAGCAGCGAGUAUCUCAGGACCCAGACGCUGGUUCUGUCUGUGUGGCACCAUGAUACGUUUGGCCGAAACAACUUCUUGGGGGAGGUGGACACGGACCUCUCCAAGUGGGACUUUGACCACACCCACAUGAACGACUUGCCGCUCAGAGCCAGGACAAGAAGAACUCUGACGCCUUCAAGUGGGCGAGGAGAGAUGAGAGUGGCUGUACGCUUCCUGCCCAAGGUCAUUCACAGUGAAGCUAACGACGCUCCCACCACAGGAGAGAUUCAUAUCUGGGUGAAAGAAUGCAAGAGACUGCCCUUAAUCAGAGCCACCAUCGACCCUUACGUGAAAUGCUUUGUGCUGCCCGACACGAGCCGCAAGAGUCGUCAGAAGACGCGCGUGCUGAGGAAAACGGCGGAUCCAGUGUUCAACCACACCAUGGUAUACGACGGCAUUAGGGAAGUGGACCUCGCCGAGGCCUGUGUGGAACUCAGCGUCUGGGACCGGGACAAGCUGGCCAGCAGCCUGCUGGGCGGAGUCAGGCUCGGAGCUGGCACGGGAAGGAGUUACGGCUCGGCGGUGGACUGGAUGGACUCCACUCCUGAGGAGGUGGCGCUCUGGGCGCGCAUGGCGGCGUGGCCCAAUGAAUGGGCAGAGGCCGUGUUGCCGUUGCGUAUGAUGAGCUCGGCCAAAACGGCCUUCAGAUAAGUUGACGUCGACAUUUUGCUUGCAACGCAGCUUUCCAAAGUAACAUUUGAAAAUCCUUAAGCCAAAAGCCAUCACGACUUCUUGAUGGGAUUCCUUUUCGAUCAUUUUUCAGCGGGGCCAAAGAUGAACAAACGAGAACCAGGGAGCUUAAAAAAAUGUUUAACACAACUCCCUCAUUUUAAUGUGUGAAAGUCAUUCACUCCCAACAAGAGGCCCAUUUGUCGAUCACGUGUUAAAUCGUUGAAUGAAUGUGUCAUUGUCGCCUGUGUAUUACUGCAAUUUUCACCUUGGACACGCACUGAUGCAACUCUUGCAUGAAAGCAUCCUUUCAACUCGGCACACAAGUUGCUUUUUACAAGCGCGGCCGUAGCCCGGGAUAAAGUCCCCACUUUUUGUGUAUGCAAAUGGAUAACCGGUUGUGCAAAGUGGCAAACAAAUACGGUCCACAUUGUAAAAGUUGUAAUGACCACGACUCUGGAUGGAUGUCUUCUGCUUUCAUGACGACUCCUGAAGCUUCUUUCAACUACAAGUACAGAGACAUAAACCAAACUGGAAAACCAUGAUUUUCUGUCCUAACACUGUCCAUUAUUUUAAGGGAUUAAAAAAAAAAUAAUACACAUACGAAGAAACAAGAAAAGUUUUGCUUGUAAAAAUCAUCACAAGAUAAAAUCAACCAUAAAAAGUGUAUGUUACUGAAAAUCGUUUUUUGGAGCACAACCCAAACUUGUGCACUUAGAAUAAUUUGGUAAGGGGCAAGGGGGGUUAAAAAGUUGUAUGUUACUUGGAAUUAUUUAUUUUAGAAAAUAACCAAAAGUUGUUUGUCUCAUAUAAUCAAGUUGCAAGUCAAGAAAAAAAAUAGCAAAAGUUGCACACUACUUAGAUUUGGUGAAAAUAAAUAAGUUGUAAAUGACAUGUUUUUGUUUUUUUUAAGUUGUAUGUCACUAAGAGUAAUUCAUUCAUUAUUAUUAUUAUUAUUAUUAUUAUUAUUAUUAUUUAUUUUCCAAAGGAACAAAACCUAUGUAAGAAUAAUUACAGGAAAAAAAGUGGGUUAUUACUUUUGUUUGAAGAUUGAACACAAGUUGUAAAAUUCGAAUAAUUUCCCCAAUUUGUUAAAAAAUAUAACUAAUUUUUAGGCAAAAGCUGGAUCGAAUAUUUUUAAAAAAAGAAUUAACAAAUAUAAUCAUAAAGUUUCAAACCUUUGUACUUUUACCCCUCUGGCGCUUGUUUAAUAUUUUCCCUGGCUACGGCCCUGUUUACAAGCUAUCCAACUUCUGUAGCUCAUUGUAACAUGACUACAUAUUAUUGCUUUAAUAUAUUGAUAGAUGUAUUGGUUACUGUGAAGCAUGGACUAUAUAUAAUACAAUACAUCUAUAUUGAUAUGGCGAUUUUACAACAGCUGUAGCUGGAACAGAAAUUCAGAACCUUUUGCAAUUUACUAAAAAUAGUCGACACUCUUGGCAUUUCUUCAAAACACUUUUUCCAAUCGCAGUAUUUUCACUUCAAUGGUUGCAUUUUGACUGCAUGCAUGUGAUGAAAAACAUGAAUAAAACUUCAACUGACUUUA